GUCAGAAUGAAUAGAUGGAUAAAUACAUGUGGGAAAAGAUGGAGGGGUAGUGCCUCGGGCCUAUGUAUAUCCGUCAUAAAACCUUCAGGUUUUGGGAAUGAUCAGGUGUCAACGCGGGGUGAGUAAACCCAACCAUACUACCUGCUUUCGAGAAAAACCUGGGUAAGCUUGCGCGCUCUCUUGAGUUUCGGAGGAGAGUUCUUGACAUGUGCUUUCAUACUCUAUCUAACUGCUUUCUUUGAAAUAGUCUUUCGAGGUCCCCCUUCUGGCCUCUAUCACCAUCCAACGCAAGACUGGACGCGAGAAACGUAAGACCUGCGACAAAACCACGACAUCUCCUUGACGAUCGAUGGAAUGAAUAAAAUUCGCAUGAGGACUUCCUCGAUCAGACAGCUUGUUAAAAGGUGUCAGAAAGCUACUGGGAAAAGGUGUUCUGGCCCCGAGGAAUGGCCGGAGUUGCGGGACCUGGACAUGCGCGAACCAAGUGCGGAUACCGUUGCUCUGCUAGUCAACAUGCAUAUCGAACCCGGAGAACAAAAAGCUGUUUACAUUCACGACUCCAAUGACGAUCAGGUCGCCAUGGUAGGUAGUGGCGACUAUGAAGGGUAUUCUGUCAUAAUACCGUGGCAGAUUGGGCUGAAGUACGUUUGUUACGGGUCAUGUAAGAUAGCCGAGGUAAAGGUAAUCGAGGAUACUUCUACAUGAGU